ACGGGUCAAACCGGUCGACCUAAUUUCGGUUUUGCGAAGAGCCCGUGAUGGACCGUGCUUAUCGUCGGCGGAUUGAGCCGAUCUCGGCUUAUCCGAAGGGGAAGGACGUGCUUCAGUAGAGGGGCUGAAGAAGGGCAUCCGAGGAGUAGGGGAUGAAGACUGAAUGAAACAGCUCUUUGAGAACGGAACAGCGGAUGGAGGGGUUUUGUAUGCUAAUAAUGUUUGCGGGAUUUCCUUCGGACCGGUUAGUGUUCUGGAGCUGAAGACAUGACUCGGUUGUGGUUUGCCCUACUCGCUCUACUUGCACCAGGAGAUUCGCAGGAUACGAAAAGCUACGCGGAUCGGUCCGAUUGCGCCCUGCUCCUGCCUCCUUCUUCUUGGAACAGCGGUCGGAACCGAUGCAUACGGUACGAAGACGUCAACGAGGCUUUUACGAUCGCGAGGCAGAAGGUCGGCCUCCGUCAUCCGCCUCGAACGGUCACUGAUCAGACCAUCUCCCUUUUGGGCACAGCACUCCAAGAAACUACAAGAAUCCUAUCACGAAGGUUCAGGUUGAGCCGGCGCGAGACGGAGGCGGCCCUCCCCCGGCUGGAUGUCUCUUUGAGCGAGAUAGGUCCGUUCUGCGCCCGAGCACUUUCCGCCUCAGAGUCGUGCCAGGAGGAGCGCUACAGACGGCACGACGGCACUUGCAACAACCUGGACCGGCCCGCAUGGGGCGCAGCUUCCUUCCCCUUCUCGCGCCUUCUCCUGCCACAGUACGCCGACGAUGUUUCUGAUCCGAGAGCCGGGCGGGAUGGAUUCCCACUUCCUUCGCCGCGACUCGUCUCUUCGACUGUCCACGCCGACACAUCGACACGACAUGAGCAUCGGAUUUCUUUCAUGUUCCCGGCGUGGGGCCAGCUUAUCGAUCACGACCUCACUCUCACCGCAGAAACAAAAGAUCCCGAUACGAGAAAGGACAUCGACUGUUGUGGAGGCGGUAUCGGCCGGCACCCGAACUGUAUGCCGAUCGAGAUACCCGAGGAUGACCCGUUCUACAGCGACAAACAUCAGUCCUGCAUGAACAUGGCACGUUCUCUGGCCGGAGUCAGACCAGGUUGCCGUCUGGGGAGCAGGACGCAGAUAAAUAUGCUGACGUCUUAUAUCGAUGCCAACUUCAUGUAUGGUUCAAACUUCAGGACUGCCGAUUCUCUCCGAGUCCUUCAGUCAGGCUUGAUGAAAACCCUGCCCAAAUUUGCUCAUCUGGGACUCAAACCACUUCUACCUUUGAAGACCAAACAACCUGAUGAUGGGUGCAUUCGCUACUCGCCAGAUAUUUAUUGCUUCCUUGCAGGUGAUAGUCGAGUAAAUGAGCAACUUGCGCUAGGAGUCCUCCACACAUUGACUGUUCGAGAACAUAAUCGAAUUGCAACUGAAUUAGCCAAAAUUAACCCGUACUGGGAUGAUGAGACUAUUUAUCAGGAAACGAGGCACAUCUUAGCAGCACUCAUACAACACAUAACCUAUAAUGAAUUCCUUCCCGUCCUUCUUGGUGAAAGAGUGAUGGAACAGUACGGGCUUAAUCUUCAAAAGGAGGGAUAUUCAACUGAUUAUGAUCUGAAUGUCGAUGCCACUAUCCCGGCUGCAUUUGGUGCAGCAGCGUUCAGAUUCGGCCAUUCACUUCUACCAUCUACGAUCGAGAAAAGAAGUUCAACUCAUGCGCUAAUUGGUGAAAGAAAGUUGAGUGAAAUGCUGCAACAGCCUUUUGAUCUGUACCAUCCUGGGAUGGUGGAUGCCUAUACUUUGGGCAUGCUCAGUCAAGUAUCACAAGCCAUGGAUAAUUCCAUAACAUCUGAGGUUACGAAUCAUCUGUUUGAAGAGCCAACCAAGCAUUUCGGUAGGGAUUUGGCAGCUAUUAACAUUGCCAGGGCAAGGGAGCACGGAAUUCCAGGUUACAUGGCGUAUCGUAAACUCUGCGGUCUCGAUGACAUGAAAACCUGGGAUGACAUGUGGAACCAUUUACCCAAUACCACUGUCAAACAUUAUUUGAAUCUUUACAGCCAUCCAGAUGAUGUUGAUCUAUGGUCAGCAGGAGUAUCAGAACUUAAAUCUCCUGACAGCAUCGUCGGCCCAGUCUUUUCCUGCAUUAUUGCGAUGACUUUCAAAAGGCUGAAAAUCGGUGACAGGUUCUGGUAUGAAAAUCAAGGCUUUCAGAAUUCCUUUACAAAAGGUCAACUGAGGGAGAUUAAAAAAUACACUCUAUCUCGUUUGUUCUGCAAUACAGGAGAUAACAUCCAAACGAUACAAAGAAAGGCUUUGCUUCUUCCCCAUUUUGAAGACAAUCCAAGGGUAUCUUGUAAAAGUCAGGAAAUACCAGACAUUGACCUCUCAUUAUGGAAAGACUCUUCAAAUUUUGAAGAUGAAAAGCUACCGGCAUCUUUAGAUGUUUUUCUGGCACCGUAUGAAACUUACCCACCACCAAAAGAUCCUUACUCACCACCAAAAGAUUCUUACACAUUGCCAAAAGAUCCUUAUGCACCACCGAAAGGACCUUACUCACCACCAAAAGAUCCUUAUGCACCGCCGAAAGAUCCUUACUCACCGCCAAAAGAAUCUUACACGUUGCCGAAAGAUCCUUACGUCCAGCCCACGAAGGGGUCGCACGUCACCAUAGAAGAACCGUUUCACCCUACAAUAGACUUGUACGUCGAAUCGUCCAAAGACCCCUACAUCGAUCCGACAAAAAGUUCACAUGAAGUGGUGCACACUACACCUUCCAAGGUGGAGUUUUCAAAACCACCGGGCUUUGACCAGGUGGUGUUCAAUCUAAUAUAUGACAAGAGAAACAAAUCGCAUGCAAUACUCCACCUGACAGACACUUACGGAGUUGCAAAUAACAUAGAUCAUUAUCCUGAAAGGGCUGUCAAGUUGGAAUAAAUUAAAACUGCUGUAAAAAAUUACAAAUUGAAAAUACUGUAAAUAUAAUAUUGGCCGACUAUU